AUGCUUCUUGGGGGUGCACCAGCCGGACCGGCAGGUACUGGAAAAACAGAAUCAAUUAAAGAUCUUGCUAAAGCUAUGGGUCUUCUUUGUGUUGUUACUAAUUGUGGUGAAGGUUUAAGAAGUUUUAAAUCUGUUUCAUCAAUGACAGGAUAUUUAAAACGAACAUCAAUGAAUAUACCAAAAUUUAUUUAUGAUGAUGUUAAUUUAUUUCUUACAUUAUUAAAUGAUUUAUUUUCAAACAUUCAUUGUCCAGAAAUAUCAUAUAAAAAUUUUAAUCUAAUUAUUAAAGAAAUAUUAAUCAAACCACAAUAUAUUUUAGUUUCAGAACAAUUGGUCCAACAAGGUAAAAGAAUUUCUUAUCAUUAUUAA